GCACGCAGAGAGUUGAUGACAAUCAAAGAUGAAGGCAUGUCCAUUGAAAAUGGCGUUCAUUCUGAAGAUCAUUAGGCCAAAAACUGCUCUUCCGGGAGAGCGGAUGGAGUUUUAUCUUUUGAUGAAGAGUCAUGUAUAAAUGGAAGACGCGCAACCUUUUUUGAGUAAGGAAAGAUAUGUUGAUCUAGAAGAUACACAUAAAUUUAAAUGAUAGUAAUGAGGCCCAUUGAUAUGUUUUUUUAAACACAAUAAUAGGGUUUAAGUUACAAAAGAAAACUAAUUUGAAAAAAAGCAAACCAUUUGAGGCAAAAUUUAUAUACAAUAAUAAUAAUAAUAAUAAUAAUAAUAAUAAUUAGUGUUUUUUUUAUAGCGUGGUACCUCUGCCUAGGGCUGGGCUCACUGCGCUGUACAUAAAAAUAUUAUCAAAAGAAUACGCGUGUCUGCGGAGGAGCGAAGCUGUCGAAGGGGUGAAUAGACAGAAAGAAGAUCGGUUAGAUAGGAAGGGCAGGAAUCCGAAAAAAAAGUUGUGACAGAGAACAGACAACUUGUAGUCAAUGCGUGCCUGUAUAGAGAGCCAAUGAAGGGAAUGGCGUAGUGGAGAGACGUGAUCACGUUUUUUUGAAACGAAACGAUUCGACCAACAGGAAAAAAUGGCUCCUACAACUAUGACUUUAGACUUUAGACCAACAGGACAUGCCAUCAAUGGCUCAAAUAGACAACAAAUUCAUCAUCUUACAACUGCUUGUUCCAUUAUAUAACAAAAUACAAAUGAGUAACCCUUGAAUAACUGGACAUUGUCCAAGAGUUGGCUUCAAAAUGGGACACCCACUUACAUCCACUUAUAUCCACUCAGGGCCGGCCCUAACAAUUGCGGGGCCCUAUGCGAAACGGAUUGCGCGGGGCCCAGUCUGGGUAGGGAUAAGGAUAAUAAGUGAAAAUUAAGAUAUAGUAUUAGAAAAAAGUGCGGGGCCCACUGCGGCCGCAUAGGUUGCAGUAGCCUAAGGCUGGUCCGGUAUCCACUUACAUCCAAAUGACAUUCACUGACAUCCACUUAUAUCCACUUAUAUCCACUUACAUCUACUCACAUCCACUUACAUCGACUCAAAUACACUUACAUCCAUCCACACCCUUUUAAAUCCACUUACAUCCACUUAAAUCCACUUAAAUCCACUUACAUCCACUUACAUCCACUUACAUCCACUUACAUCAACAUUCCACUACAGAUCCAAAUGGACUGCACUGCUGGCACGCCAACUCGGAGCCUCCACCUGUCAUGUCAAGUCAUGUCGCACUUCCGUCACUGUCACCAUCGUCGCUGCACAGCAUAAUCGAGGAGAUCAGGCGGGCAACAGAGUUGAUCAACCGUGCAAGAAAAGGUUUCAGUGUCGACGAGCCCUUGCAGGUAGAUGGUCAGUCUUCCUGGCAGGUAGAUGGUCAGUCUUCCUAGCAGGAAGAUGGGAAGACUGCCUUGCUGGUACAUGGGCAUUCUUCCUGGCAGAUAAAUGGACAAUCUUCCAAUCAGGUAGAUUGGGAAGUCUUCCUAGCAGGUAGAUGGGCAGUCUGCCUAGCAGGUUGAUGGGCAUUCGGCCUAUCAGGUAGAUGUGCAGUCUUCCUUGCAAGUAGAUGGGCAGUCUUCCUAGCAGGUAGAUGGGCAAUCUGCCUAUCAGGCAGAUGGGCAGUCUUCUUUGCAGGUAGAUGGGCAGUCUUCUAAGCAGGUAGAUGGGCAGUCUUCUAAGCAGGUAGAUGGGCAAUCUGAUUUGCAGGUAGAUGGUCAGUCAGUCUUGCAGGUAGAUGCGCAGUCUGAAUUGUAGGUAGAUGGUAGAUGGUAGAUGGUAAAAUAGCAUAUUUUAUUAACAUUUUAAAUUCUUAAUUUUGUUACUCUUUGAACUGCUCGCUGACGAUGGCAUCUUGCCUACAAGUUGGUUGUUUUGUUGCGUCCUAUAUCAGGCUUCCCUAUUCCUUUUAAUGCAUAUCUCAUUAUAAUCGAGUGACUGCGAUGUUGGUGUUAUUGCCAGAGGACUUUCUGAGCUGGUAGACUCUUCAAUGUGUUUGAAAAAAAAAAAAGAAGAGGGGGCCCUUGUUUAAUCUCCCCUCUCCAACCUACUCCUCCAACCUGUCCCUCCAACCUGUCCCUCCAACCUUUCUCUGCAACCUAUCCCUACAACCUGUCCUGCCAACCUAUCCCUCCAACCUAUCUCUCAAACCAUUUCUUCUAUCCUGUCACUGCUUUUGGACAUUGGUUGCCUUUAUUGUAGUUCAAUAAGACUUUACAUCAAAAUGUCUGCCAUUGUAGUUCAAUACGACGUUACAUCAAAAUGUCUGCCAUUGUAGUUCAAUAAGACUUUAUAUCAAAUCGACCGCUUGCCAUUUUCAAACUUCGCAUUUAACACGAACAGCUUUCUGCGUUAAUCAAUAUGAUUAUUUCAACAAACAAAAUUUCAGGAAAUCUGUGGUCAAAUCUGUGGUCAAACUGCUACUGACCGCAAGUCGUCCAAAGUUCAAGAAGGAAGUAAGCCCCGGGGCCCGGGGUCGACCAGCAGUGUUCAGGGAGACAUCGGGGGCCAGUGUUUGGUGGCACAGUCCUCCCCCGAGCUGACCUUGGCGCAGUUAUAUGAUAGCAUCAACAGCAUUGAGACGAAAGAAAUGACGAGCCCGGAAGCGAAAGAUAAGUCUGGG